AUGCGGGCGGCAACUCUGUUAUUGUCCUGGGCAGUCGGCACGGCUUUUGCCUUGCCGUCACCACAGCCACACCAGGAUUACGAUAACCAUCAUGAUCAUCAUGAUCACCAUGGGGGUUCGUGUAACGCACCUGAUGAUGCCAUUGUGAAGCUGUUGAAGGGUCUACCAGGAGCCCAGCCCUUUUGCUCUGCCCUGCUUCACAUCCCCUGCGAUGUUGUGACCAAGACAAAGACCUUCACUCCCGCGCCUACCACUGUCAAGACCACCGCUACGGUUACCAAGAACCCAGAGACACGAUGCUCGAAGACGGAGACGCUCACAACAAGGGUCACAAACUCAAUUACCAAGACUACCACCGACUUUGUCACCAGCUCCCCCGAGGCGGUGACAGUUACGAACCAUCGAACUGUAACAGUUACCGACGUACAAACUCAGGACGUGACGGAUUCCACCUACCUCACCGUCACUCGAUACGUUACUGGAUACAUCACAAACACUGUCUUCAAUACCGUUACAGAUGUUGCUGCUCAGACAUCUACCGACGUGGCCACUCAGAUUGUAACCGUAACCAAGUAUGCUACUUCGUUCGUUACUGCCACCGUGUCGGACAUGGUGACCAACUUCAUCACCAACACGCACACCAACUACAUUACAGACAGCGUCACAAAUGUCCACACGGCAACUGUCACUCUCUCCUUUACCAACACGGUCACAGCUACCACAACCAACGAGGUUGACCUUACUACCACGCAGACUGUGGGAGCUACGGCCACGGAAACUACUACCGUUACCGACCACGAGACUGGUUACGCGAGCGUCACGACCACGCAUGACAUCACGGCGACGGACUACAUAACUGCCACUUAUACCACUGUACUGACGGAUGUUUCUACCGUUGUCACCACUGCCAUUGUGACAAUUGUUCCACCACAGAAGCGUGAUCUCUACAGAGGGCAGCCCAUCUAUACACCCAGACCAUUGGCAACUAUUGCUGCUAAGAAGUUGUCGAGUGCGUGCUCCAAAUUGCACAUUACUCCAUCUACAAAGACCAUCACCGCUACCCGGACAGCCAAGCGGCCGACUUUUACAAAGACCGUCACCACGUAUGUUCCUGGCAGAAAGGGUAGUUACUAUGUCACCAAGACUAUAACCGACUACGUCACUACCGUUACCGGCGUUGUCUCAACCAUUGUCGCCCCAACCGCUACAACUACUCUCGACGCAGUUGACUCUAUUACCCAAGUUGACACUGCCACGAGACGACUGCCGCUGACUUACACCGUCACGGAUGAUGAGACCACCACAAUCAAUGACGUUGUAACAAACUAUGUCACCAGAGUUAUUACAUCUGUUGUUGUUGUCGAUGUGACUCAGACAGCCACUCAAACUGAGGACCAGACAACUACAAUGACUGAACUCAACACCGUUUCUGUCACAAACACUCAAACAGAAGAUGUCACUAUCUCACCAACCGUGACUGUCACAGACGAUGUCACCACCACGGCUACAGACUUGACCACAGAUACCGCAACUCAAGUCAAGACCGUUGAUGUAACCAACGUUGCCACCGCUCUCGUCACCUCCUCUACCACUGUCACUAUCACCCAGCCAGCAACCAUCUACACAACCAUCACAAGCACCAUUGACGCCACCAAUACCAAGCACAUCACCAAGACCGUCGACGUGACCAUCACCAAGACUGUGUCAACGACAACAACUACCACCGUCACCGCCACAACUACUCAAGCCGCCCCAACGUGCAACGUCAACGUGAUCAAGAACGGCGGCUUCGACUCCACUUCCCUCCCUCCCUGGACAUGGUCUCCUGGUCCAAACGGGAGGUACUCCUACGUCCAAGGCCUAAACAGCUAUGCUGCCUUAAAUAUUUACACCAACACUCCUGGGCAGGGCGUGGCAUCCAUCUACCAGGCAUUCACUACCACUCCCGGAAAAAUAUACACCGUUACAUUCGAUUACUACGCGCUCGGCGGCAACGGAGCCUCGGCUAUCACCUGCAGCGUUAAUAACUCGAUUACAAGCGGUGUUACCUUCCCCUUAGCUGCGUCAAGGGGCUAUUGGCGGACUGGUGUAUUUGCUUUCCCUGCUACGUCGUCGACUACCACGAUUACGUGCAGGUUGACUACCGCCGUUUCUGCAAGUGUGUAUCUGGAUAAUGUUGUGGCCAAGACGCCGUGUUAG